UGACAUAUCAAUGGAAGGAGUACGGAGUACGGUGGCCAAGAUGGUGGACGAUACGCUUCGUCGUUAAAGAGGUGAGAAGAGAAUCAAUCGCUCACUUCAAUAAUAUUUCCCAGGAACAUUUGCAUGAUUCGCGCGAACGUGAAGUGAUUUACUUGUUAUGUCCUCGUACACGUUCUCGCAGAAACUGUUCACGCCGACGCCACCGGAUCGCGGCAGUUUUCCGCUGGAUCAUGACGGCCACUGCAAACGCACCAUGAUUAAGUAUAUGCGCUGCCUGGCCGAGAACCGAAAUCAGAACGCGAUGUGCCGCGACGUCGCCAAGGAAUACCUCGGCUGCCGCAUGGAUCACGAUCUGAUGGCGCGCGAGGAAUGGUCCAAGCUCGGCUUCGCCGACGAAACUGCCAAGUUGGCCAGCGAAACGUAACGCCGAGAUCAUCUCCG